GGGGCGGGGCCUAUUUCCUGAUCUUUGUUCGCCCCCAUUAGACUCUCUUCUUCUUCUUCUUCUCCACAACCGACAACCAGACCAAACAUGGCGCAGCAGUUUGUGCAGGCCGCGAUCAAAGGAGACAAGGUGGUGCUGUUCGUCAAGCCCACGUGCUCCUUCUGCGUGACGGCCAAAGAGGUGCUGUCCAAAUACAAGUUCAAGCCGGGACACCUGGAGAGCAUCGACAUCAGCGGGCGCGCGGACAUGGAAGACCUGCAGCAGUACUUCCUGGAGCUCACGGGCGCGCGCACGGUCCCGAGGGUGUUCAUCGGGGAGGAGUGUAUUGGAGGCGGCAGCGACGUGGCGGCGCUUCACAAGAGCGGAAAACUGGAAGGCAUGCUGCAGACCAUCGGAGCCCUGAUGUGACCUGCUGACCUCCAGGUGUUUAGGCAUCCGGGCCGGGAGGAAGGGGGCGGGGUCACAUGACGACGCAGCGGGACUUGCGCAGCUUGCGCCGCCGCUGCUGGUACUCGCUGAGCUCCUGCAGGUAGCCUCUGGACGGCCAGCGGAGACGCUCCACCUGCUCGCGCUCCUCCUCUGGGAGACGGGGACAGAACCGACGGUCAUCUCUCUGAAACACACUCGCCCGCAUGUGGCCUUUGAGCUUUCUGAGAAGCGCCCGUCCAAUCUCCUUCUAGGGUUCUUGUGUGCGUGACUAAAGAUGACAAUAAAACGUGAAACUGA